AUGGGAGCUGCCUGGAUCGCAAUUGUCACCGCAAGACUCAGUCAACACGAUGACCCCGUCCCUUGGCUGAGCCCGAAGCUCGGCCAAGCGAGGACCAUGAGGUGGCUCACCCCAGAGGAGGUCGACCUCACGCUAGCCGACCCCAAGGUGGCCGACCCCGAGGUGGUCGAGGACCCCGGGGUGGCGGACCCCUCCAUGGUCUGCCCGGUCGCGUGCAUAGUCAUAUCGGGUCCCGGUGGAGACCCAACAAUGUUCGAGGCAUACUGGAAAAAGAUGAGCGAGAGGAGUGCAGUGACGCUGGCCGGAAGCCAGUCACUAAGCUACAAUUCCGACACUAAGAACCUGAGUUGGUACUUGGAGCCCAAACUGGAACAAGAGAUAAGGAGGCUCCACGCCAUUGUUAGCAAUGUGGCAGUUGAGGAAGACGACCAUUAUUACAUCGUGGUGGGAACCGGGUCGAGCCAGCUUAUUCAGGCGGCGUUUUACGCGCUUUCCCAGCCGCCGGACGCCGGCGAUCGCCCCACAACCGUCGUUUGUGCGGCUCCAUACUAUUCCGCAUAUCCUGAGAUUACCGACUUGGUGAGAUCGAGGUGCUUCAAAUGGGGCGGAGAUGCCCGGAGUUUUGAGAGAGAUGAUGAGCCAUUUAUCGAGCUGGUAACCACUCCAAACAACCCCGAUGGGGCUAUCAGAGAACCGGUGGUUAAUAGACCUCAUCAAGGAAAGGUUGUGUAUGAUCUGGCUUAUUACUGGCCACAUUUCACCCCGAUCACCUCUCCAGCUAACCACGACCUUAUGCUCUUCACCAUCUCAAAGUGCACUGGCCACGCCGGAUCAAGAAUCGGUUGGGCACUUGUGAGGGAUAAAGAAGUGGCAAAGAAGAUGAUAAAAUUUGUGGACGUUAGCACGAUUGGAGUGUCAAAAGAUUCUCAACUCAGAGCUGCUAAGAUCCUGGAAACGGUUUCUGACAGUUGCUCAACUGCCGCCGACAUUGAGAACUUCUUUGUGUUUAGCAGGAAUAUCUUGAAGGAAAGAUGGAACAGGUUGAGAGAGCUUGUUAAGGUUGCUGAUCUCUUCACCCUCCUAAAAUACCCUAUUCAGUAUUGCCGUUUUGCCAAAGACAUGGCCGACACCAUUCCGGCUUUUGGGUGGAUUGAGUCUAAGGGUGAGGAGGAUUGUGCGGAGCUGUUGAAGAAACAUAAGAUUCUUGGUAGAUGUGGGACAAAGUUUGGUGUUGGCAAACAAUUUGCGAGGAUAAGUUUGGUGUCCAAGGAUGAGGAGUUCAACCUCCUUUUACAAAGGCUAUCAAUCAUCCAAGGGACAGAUCUUAAUCAUUAAUAAAGGAAUGGAGUAAUAGGAAUGCUGCUGACAUAGAAAUUCAAAUAGUUUAAUGUGAAGGUGGCUCUGGCGGCUUGAAGUUUCUUUUAAUAUUUGCAAUUGUUUUGGUUUUGUGCUUUUGGUAUAUGGAUUUAAUAGUUUGCUAUUCCCAUUUUAUUUAGACUCUUAAAAAGUU